UCUUCUAGCUACAUUCGCAGUCGCAAUCUGAUUGUUUUGCGAAACAAAAAAGAUCCGUUUUCAUACGAAGAGAACACAUUCAGGAAGUUCUUUCGAUUUCCCAAAUCUUUGUGCUGAGAUCUCAUUAAUCAACUCAAGCCGUAUGACCAACAGCAAACAUCGAUUCCAUUUGAACUUCGGGUGAGUUACAUUUUAACCUUAAAUAAACAUGUUGUCAUGCAAUCAAAUUUCUCUAGAUUAUUUCAGUUUUAUAUUUUUUAUGCAAUGGCUCAUAUCAGUGUUGCGUGGGAAAUGCAUAUUUCGCGGUGAUGAGCCAACCAACCAUUUCCCGUUGUAUCGAAUAUAUUUGUAAAUUGGUGGUGGAGCGUAAACACGGCGAAGUGCGUUUUCCUAAUUCUGUUGAAGAAUAUAAUAGAAUUAAGACUGGAUUUUACUCGAAAUUUGGAAUAAAAGGUGUAAUUGGAGCAAUUGAUUGCACUCAUGUUGGCAUAAUUGCACCUGCCUUGUCAAACACAGUUGUACCGCAUGAUUAUAUGAACAGAAAAGGUUAUUAUAGCAUUAAUGUUGAAGCGGUUUGUGACGAUGAACUAAUUUUCCGGCACGUGAAUGCAAAAUUUCCCGGCUCAUGUCAUGACUCCGGUAUAUGGACUACUUCGCCAGCAAGGACAAAGCUAAUAAGAGAACACUCUGAUGGAGCUUUUAAAUGGCUUUUGGGUGAUUCGGGAUGUCCAUUGGAGCCAUGGCUUCUUACACCGGUGGCAAAGACUGAAACACCAAAUGAACAAAAUUUCAAUACUAGGCACAUAAGAGCAACGCUUUCGUUGCAUUUCAAGAGAACGUACAUUGCGGUACAAACAUUCCAAAGCUGCAUUAUUUGUUUAUACUUGUACAAUAUUUCACAAUAUUUUACAAAAACGUGGAAUUUUUCUAAAUGAAACCGAAAUAUUGCCAGAUCGAUCACCUCCCUAAAAUGUGGGAUCAAUCUCUGAAAUCCAUUCGGGGGAGUAUUACACUCGAGGCAGAGCAGCACGUCAAAGGUGCAUUAACACAUUAGAUAAUUAAAAUUCUACCAAAACAUAAUUCAAUUCAAAAUUCAUUUAUUUCAUUUUUAAAUUAAAUAAACAUAAUAACAUACUUAAAAAGGAACAUUUUUCUUUUUCACUUUUUGUACAAAAAAACAUAACAAUAAAUAAUUCAUA